CGCAGAAAAAGAGGGGAAAAACGACUUGUCACUGUGUAAUGAUGUUAGAUGAUGGAAGGGGGCCAACGAAUUGAUGAAGAUGAAACAAAUGAACAAGUUCAUUUAGAAUGAACUUUACAGUUACACCAAACGACUGAACCAUAAUCUGAGAUGAUAUCAUGAUCCGUUUAUUGCCACUAGAGGUGCAGUCUUGCCUUCGCUCUGGUAUCGCCACUCCGAGUAUUGCCCAGUGUGUUGAGGAGCUAGUACUCAACAGUGUAGACGCAGGAGCAACCUGCGUUGCCGUCCGUGUUGAUGUGCCCAACUUCAAAAUACAGGUCGUAGACAACGGAAAAGGACUUAGCGAAGAAGAGCUUGCCCUUGUCGGUCGACGCUAUGCCACGAGCAAGUGCCAUAAGCUGGCAGACCUGGAGCAUUUGGAAUAUUUUGGAUACAGAGGAGAGGCUCUAGCUAGCAUUGUUGACAUUGCUAGAGUGCUUGAGAUUGUCAGCAGGGCCAAUGAGUCUGAUGUCACCAUGUCAAAGCUUUUCCAGUCCGGCAAGUCUGAGGUAUUUGAGGCAUCAAGGAAGAGGCCAAGCGUUGGGACCACUGUGACAGUCCAUGGUGUAUUUUAUAACAUGCCUGUCAGGAGGAAGAUGAUAUCACAUACUCUAGGCUAUGAGCGGGUCUGUCGCCGUAUCGAAGGUCUUGCACUGAUCCAUCCCGACAUCUCAUUCUCACUACGUGAUGACAGCUCAGGAACCAAAUCUAUCCAGACACACAUUGCAUCAUCCACAGUGGCCACAUUUCGCUUUCUCUUCGGGCAGAGCAAAGCAAAAUGUCUCAAGCAGGUUAUCCAUCAAGAAUGUGGGGUUAGUAUCUCGGGGCAUAUCGGAACAGACGGUCAUCCAAAUAAGAGUCUACAGUUCAUUUAUGUUAGCAACCGCCUGGUGUUGAAGACGAGGCUUCACAAAGCCAUCAACCAUCUCUUGAGGAAGUCACUGAUCGCUCACUACAGGCCUCGGUUUGGAGAUAAAAAAAGCUCAGCCGAUUCCACCACAGUCCUUGAGUUAUCAAACAGCCCAGGCAGGGCCGCAGAUCUUUACGGUAUUUUUGUUCUGAAUGUAAGAUGCCCGCUCAGUGAGUAUGACAUUUGCCUUGAGCCAUCUAAAACACUGGUCGAGUUCAGAGAUUGGAGUGUAGUGUUGGGAUGUGUCCAAAAGCUCGUAGACCAGUUCCUGACUCAAGAAAACCUCACGAUGAAACAGGAAAAGGAACACUCAGAAAGCAGUCAGUGUGAUCUACUUACACUUGAGGACGGAUCAAGUCAAGAAGAUGAGGAGGUGUCUCCAAGCGACAAAGAAAGAAUGGAUACUAACCUUUCCUCAAGGCUGUCCCAGAAGUAUGGGCGAGGUAUAAAUGCUGCUUCAUGCAGCAGCACAUUGCAAUCACUCACAGUCAGAAGACCACUGAAUAAACGGAAAAACAAUAUCAGUACCUCUACAGAAGUCAUCUCGCUGGUCUCUUACAGCUCCUCACCAGAAGUCGCAAGAAGUUCCUCAGAGGUUACCUCCCCAGUCUGUUUUGGCUCCUCAGCAGAUGUGAGCUCCCCAGUUGGUGUAAGAAUUUCCCCAACCUCCUUGAUGGUGGAGGCAAGAAGCAGUCCACUAACUGGGGAGAACAAUACUUCCAAUCAGCCAAGGAAAGUAAAACAGACAUCACCAACAAUGAUUAGUGAUGUUGGUUCCUUUGAAUCUGAGACAGAACAUCCAGGCAGAGAAUGUAACACAAACGACAAGAAACUUGUUGACUCCAUUAUCCAAGAACCAAAUAUUGAUUUGGAUGGAAGUGUCGACAAAGAGAAGUUCACUGAGCAAAGUGAGAAACAAUUAAAUGGUCAGAAUGAGGUGUACAACCAGCAUCUGGGUGGCAAUAAAUUCCAUGUAAAAACGGUUUCACACUUGUCAUCUAGAGAGAAGGGUCUCCUUCAAGAGCCUGUAUCAGAUGUUGAAGAAAGCUCAUCGAAAGUCUUCAAUGCCAGUCACUCUGAAACAAGUGAGAAAUUGACAUCAGAAUUGGACUAUGAGAAAGUAUACAACAUGUGCGCCCCUGUUAUGGAUGGACCUGAUAUAAGUUCAUCUGAACUCCAUCAUGUUGAAAGUCAGUCGUCUACUCCAGAACAAAUCGGCAUUUUGUUUGAGGUACAAGGUAUCACAGACAAGAAUGAAAAAUCUCUCAAAGUGAUAGUUGAAGAAGUAACACCUGAUUAUGGUGUUGCCAUCAACUCAUUGGAGAGUAAUAUAUCAAGUGAAUAUUGUUCAUAUGAAAACGACAAAGUAGAUGAGCAGAGCGGUGAUUCAACAGUCACAUUACAAGAGCAUCUCAGAGAAAAUAUCUCAAACUCAGCAAUCACAUCAGAUACAAGGACACUGAUAGAUCUGGUUAAUUGUGAUCAGUUUACAACCCCCAAUGUAGAAAUUCCGGACUCCUUAACAUAUUCUGGUCACUCAAACCAGAAGGAAUCCAUUUCGGACUUGUCCAGUUUCGGGUUGGAUACUUCAUCUUUUGAUUCUGAUGGAGUGAGCAACACAUCAGAUUCAUGUGUCCUCAUUGAGAAGGGUGAGCCACCGUCAGUUCAGACAACAAAGUCAUCACCUGGUAUUGCAGUAAAAGGAUCAUCACCAAAUUCUUGUGAAGUUUAUGGCACGAGUUUGAGAGACAAAGCCAAGUGUCAUCUCAAAACCCUCCGAACUUCCAAGCCUGAUGAUUCCCGAAAACAAAAUCAUCUUAAAGACGGUGCAUUUUCAUCUUCAUCAUCAAGGUGUCAGGAUUCGUUCAGAAGUUCCUUACAGAUAUUCAGGAGGUCAUUUAGAGCUGAGCAUGAUGGCAAAGAGGUUGUUCAACACUCAAUCUCAGAGCUACUGAAGGGGAAAGAUGUUGAGGCAACAAGAAGGUUCCAUCUGAGGAAUACAGGCAGGCAGAAGCAAUCCUCUCAUUUCACUACCACCUCCCCUGUGAUGCUUAAGAGGCGAUUUCCUCCUGGUGACAUGAUGCUGGGAAAUAACACUUCCGAUGAGAAGUCAAUCAAUGAUUGUCUGAAGAAAAGGCAGAUGUCCGUGCCCAACAAGAAAAAUGAACCUGCCGAGUCCGUCUUGGAACCUCUCAAAAGCACUGAAAUGAGAAACAGUAAAGAGAAUUGUAGUCCACAGACAGAAUCUGAAAAGAUAUCAGCUAAAAAUACCCUUGAUGUGCAUGUCUCGACUGAGAAUAAAGGAAGCAAUGGUGAACAACACUCCAGAGUUACAGUCACAAACAAACCAAAUCUGAAACGGUUAAGGCAGAUACACAUGGCCUCGGAAAAGAAAUCAGCCAGUGAAGCAAUAGUAGACACUUUUGCACCGAGGAAGAGACAAGCAACAACAUCAACAGGAACCAUAGCCUUGGAGAACCUGAGGCAGGAAAGAACCAUAGGCAAGAGAGAUGCACCAUUGACAAAGAGGUUCAUGACAUCGGACAGAUUUCUGCAAACUUUCCAAAGGGUCUUCCCAACAGUUGGUAUUAAAGCAAAACAUUUGACAUCAGAGCAAGAAAUUUCUCAUGAAGCACAGGUGCCCCAAGGUCUUCAUCAUAUUCAACAUUCCCCUCAGGCUACUGGUAUCAAAUUCAUUGCUACUCAUCUUCAGGCAGGACCAGAAACUUCAACUAACUUAAGCCUUCAACAAGCUGCUCUAAAUGUUCAAAUGCCACACUCAUUAGUUGUUACGGAACAGCAGGAAACAAACAAGCAAUGUGAUGAAAUGAGUCCUAUUACGGAUGCUGAACAAGUAUGUGGCUUACCUCCUCAUACAGGACAAACUGGACAGAAGGAAAGCCCCAAACUUGGAAAAACUCACCUUAACUUAAAAACUAACAAAUGCAGAAUUGAGUCUCAAGUCCAGAGUGAAAUUGGAGAAGAGGUAAAAAUUGUGGAAGACCGAAUCAAAGAGGAUAGCUUUCAAAUACAAGGAGAAAGCCAAAGAAAGGUUCAUGAACUGCAUGAUAAAGAGCCUGAAAGACAAACUGAUCUAACUUACGAUGACGCCGUAAAUGAGCCUUUCUCUCAGAGGUUGGGGACAGAGAGCAUGUUUUGCAGCCAAUCAUCUGAAGAAAUCUCACAAAGCCUUUCAAGAGAUGAACAACAUUCCCAAUCUGUUAUCCUGUGCGAUACAAAGACCUUUAAACUGAGGAGAGAACAACUGUCCGGUUUGCCAACCAUUUUAAGAUCUUUCGUCCCCUCCGACCUGAAUGCCUACUGCAGUGAACCAACUGAAAUAGAGUACAUUGGAUGUAACAUCAAUUUGGAUAAAGAUGAUCCGUUGUCUUCGGAAAUUGAAACUACUAAAGUGUCAAAUUUGGAUUUGGAGAGCAGGUCUUAUCCCUUCCUUCUACCUAACUUACAAGACUUAGAAGCAACAUUUACUGAUAACCAGCAUGAAAACACAGAGGAUGAAGUUACACUUGAAGUCGGCAGAAAAUGUGACCCAGGCUUUGUCCCAUUUCUUGAUACCGAGUCUCUGAUUAAUUCUGAGUCUCUCACAGAGGGAGGAAAUAUGAAGACAGAAUUGUUUCUUUUGAAUCAAAGCCAGCGAGACAAAGAUCUACAUCAAGCAAGUAACCCAACGUUACCUGACAUGCACCAAGUGGACAGUCGGCAACAUGGCAGCAGUGAAACCUCACCAACAAGUCGCCCAACAGACUUUGAAAUAAAUCAACUAGAACACCAACAAGAAGCCACGAGAGAUGGGUCAACGGAAGAUAGUGUUGACUCCCAACCUGCAGAGAGUGCUACAAACUUGACCGUUCAGAGUGAUUACAAACUGAGGCACCAGGAAGACUUGCUGCUAGUGAAUCAAACUCAACAUGAAGACAAUUUGAAGAAAGUGUCUGACACAGACUGUUGUGAUGAUCAACAGACCCAGCAGAUCCCCCAGGGAGACAGCGCUGACUCCGAGUCCACUGUUGACAAAAGGUGGUUGGUUCAGUAUGACCAGAAGCUGAAACGGCAGGUCUACAUCAAUUUGAAGACUGGUAACUGCAGUUAUGAGAACCCUGUGUCGAGGAAAGACGGACUCUUGGGAGAUGGAUUAGCUGACGAAGGAAAUGGGAUUGAAGGAAAUUCAGUCAUCAUUCAAACAGGUAGGAAGAAGUCCUAUCUCCAUCGAGUCCACUCACUGUGUGCUGAGCCUUUCCUAGCUACGUUACCAAAGCCUGAUAAUCUCAUUGAUGAGUCAACUAGUAUCCUUUCUCCCUCAUCUCAUUCUGCACUCAUUCAUAUGGUAGAUGAACACAUGGACCGGCAGGGUGGUGACAUUGCUUCAAAGUGGAGAGGAGAUGGUCUGAGCAAGCAAACAGCAGACCUGGGACGGACAGUGGACGACUUAAUUGCCAACUGGACCAAUCCGAUGUUUGCUACUGUGGAGUCUGGUAUCCUGGAUGCUCAAUGCUCAAAUAUCCCUCAUAGCUCCAUCAGGGCACAGUCUACCAUUCACCCAUACAGAUUCACCAAGGCAAUGUUUCAGGACAUCAAGGUACUUGGACAAGUGGACAAUAAGUUUAUUGCUUGUACGAUCAACACGAAUGAUAAGAACAAAUCUGCAGAACCAAACUUGAUAUUACUGAUCGACCAGCAUGCUGCGCAUGAAAGAAUCCGCCUUGAACAACUCACAGCAGAUGUUUUUGAAGAUCUAGCAAGUGAUGAAGAGGAUGAUGAUGAGACAACAGUAGAGCAACGGCCAUUGAUGAAAUCAUCAAGUGUCAUCCCUCCCAUCUCUAUGACCUUCUCCCGGAAGCAGCUAAGGCUUCUAGGAGUGUUUGGCAAGAACCUUCAGAGGCUGGGCAUCAACUACCGCAUCAUGGAUGAAGAUGAAGAUGGUGAGAUGGAGGAAGGCAGAAUCGAGAUCACCAGACUCCCGUCAUGUCUGCUGGAGAGAGAAGCUGCGGAACUCAAGAGAGGGCGACAGUCGGUUGCAGUAUCAAUGGUGGAGACACUCCUUAUGGAGCAUCUUGAGCUAUUACAUCAGACGUCUGGAGCAAGUGCCAUCCUACCAAAGACUAUUACCAGAGUUCUUAACUCACAGGCAUGCCAUGGUGCCGUCAAGUUUGGUGAUGACUUGAGUUACCAUGAAUGUUUAUCUCUAAUUGGACAACUGUCUACCUGUGAUCUGCCAUUCCAAUGUGCUCACGGGAGACCUUCACUGGUACCCUUGUUUGAUAUGAAACUACUGGCUUCUAAGCUACAGGAUGAGGUUGCGGAACGCAAGCCCAGAUUAAAGCGCCUCCGAGCUGUAUCCAGUUAAUCAAGAGUGACCAGAAGAGAGCUGUAUCCAGUUAAUCAAGAUAACCUUCAGCAGUACAAACCAAUCCAUGACAAGUUAUUUUCAUGUACCUUUGCUCUCGGCCAUAACCAGGACUCAUUUGGCAUAAAUGCAUAGUUUACAGGCUUUAACUCGUCAUUGGUCAGAUGCCUUUUGGUGUAAAAAAAAAAAUUAACACUGGGCGAAUUUACAUCCCAGUAAUGGUGGAAAACACAGAUUACAGAAUAUCACAAUGAAUUGGUCUGCACUCCCAAGUCAGUGUGCACAGAGUUAAAUAAUAGAACUAGAUGGGGCACUCAUAAUUACACAUAAAUGUAACUGCGCUGUCCCUCUAUGGGCACGAAUCCCUAAAUUACAUACAGAUGUCCGCGAAAAAAAUGUUGGCUACCUGUGUUAUAUGAUGGGUUAGGCCUAACGCCAUUUUGAUCUGCAUAUCAAACAAAAAAACACAAACCACAAAACAAUACUAUAUAAAUAAGACUAUCAGCCAAUGGCACAUGCCCAUAUGAAUAGGUCUAGUUUUAAAAGCCAUUAUUUUGCAAGUUUGAUUUGUAUAAUGACUUAGCUUAGUCAGCUUAGUCACAAGUGACUGUUAAAUUUGAAUUCCUCAGACUUCUUGAGGUAGUUGCUAUGUCAAAUGGUUUAGGGAAAGCUUUUGUAUAGGAACCUCCAAUCACUCGGAACUGUGUAUGGGUGCUCGCUUUCGCUUAUGUGACUAUAAGCAAAGGGCAACAAUGAGACAUAGCAACUGUUUUUAUCGUCUGUUGAAUUCAGAUUAAGCAAGUCAUUUUACUAGACAAUGCAAAUCUAACUCACAAAAAGCGUAAAUGGCUUAUCCUGAAGAGUCUUUUUUACUAGACAUUAUGUAAAUUUAGGCUAACUAGCAAAUGGCUUAUUUUGAAGGGUCUUGCCAGUAAACACCGCAUAUCACUGCUAAAGCGAUUUGAAACGCCUGUGGAAAGUGCUAUACAAAUGUUAUUUAUUAUUAUUAUUACUGUUGUGAUUUAAGUUUGAUUAAAAUAGCAUAGUUUAUAUAAAGAUUUAAACAUUUCUUUUCAAUUGAUUAUAAGCAAUUUUGAGAAAUAUUUAUUUAAAUAGUUUGUCAUUUUUGGCUUUAAACAAUAGAAAUUUACAAAAACAGAUAACUUUUGGGUAAUGUUUUUGGGACAUUACUACU